CCGCACAACCAACCCUCCCUCCUUCCUCCUUCUUACUUGUAUAGUACUCCUAGUAGCGACGCCGACAGAUUAUGCACCUUAAUCUUAAUUAGGCAGACGGCGUAUCCCCAUCCAUCCCCGAUAGAAGUCAAGAGAAGAAGCGAAGCGAAGCGAGAGAACAAAGGAAAAAAGAGAGAAGAGGAGAAGGAUCGGAAAGGCGUGGCGUACGGGGCAGAGGAAAAUAUCCCUCCCCCGAACCAAAAGCCUGCAGCAAUUCCUCGCGACCGCGACAACCAACCGACGCCCACCACCACCACCAGCCCCCUCCACCGCCUCGCCGCCUGCCUCCUCCGCGCGCCCCCGCCCCCGCCGCCUCCCCAGCCCUGCGAGGCCGCGGACCCGCCCGCGCUCCUCCGCCGCAGGCGCCUCUGGAAGCCGCCAUCGCGGCCCGGCGCCCCGAUGAUGGACGCGCCGACGACGACGACGCCGCCGGCGUCGCCGCGGACGCAGCCACAGCCGCAGGCACCCGCGGCCGUGCCGUCGAGGCGCUACGGCGUGCAUUUCUCGGCCUCCAGCUUCAUCCAGGCGCCGCUGUCCGCGCUGCUCGAGUACUCGGGCAUCCUCCGCGCCGAGCCCGGCCCGCACCGCCCGCCCGCCGGGGCAGGCGAGGUGUCCAUCCGGAUCGUCGGCCCGGCGCCGACCGACGGGGACGUGCAGGAGGAGGGGGACGACGCCGCGGGAUCCUCCGCGCCCCCCGCGCCGGCCGACCCCUCCUCCUCAUCAUCAUCAUACCAGAGGUACGACGUACAGCAGGUGGCCAGGUGGGUGGAGCAGAUACUCCCAUUCUCCCUCCUGCUGCUCGUCGUCUUCAUCAGACAGCACCUGCAAGGUUUCUUUGUGACCAUCUGGAUUGCGGCCGUCAUGUUCAAGUCCAAUGACAUCUUGCGCAAGCAGACUGCUCUCAAGGGGGAGAGAAAAAUGUUAAUUCUUGUUGGGAUUACAAUAUUAUUUAUCGUUCAUGUAUCUGGAGUGUACUGGUGUUACAAGAAUGGUGAUCUCAUCAGACCUCUGGUCAUGCUUCCUCCAAAGGAGAUACCACCAUUUUGGCAUGCAAUAUUCGUAAUCCUGGUGAAUGAUACAAUGGUGCGCCAAACUGCUAUGAUCGUGAAGUGCAUACUGCUAAUGUACUACAGGAACACCAAGGGCCGUAGCUAUCGUAGGCAGGGGCAAAUGUUAACACUAGUGGAAUACUUUCUACUUCUGUACCGUGCCUUAUUGCCUGCUCCUGUAUGGUACCGUUUUUUCCUGAACAAGGAGUAUGGGAGCCUAUUUUCCUCUCUAACCACUGGACUGUAUCUUACUUUCAAGCUGACGUCUGUUGUGGAAAAGAUUCAAUCAUUUUUGACAUCACUGAGAGCAUUGUCCCAUAAAGACUUCCAUUAUGGCUCAUAUGCAACGAGUGAACAGGUUGCUGCCGCUGGAGAUAUGUGUGCUAUAUGCCAAGAGAAGAUGCACGUCCCCAUUCUUUUGCGCUGUAAACAUGUCUUCUGCGAAGAUUGUGUCUCUGAAUGGUUUGAGAGGGAGCGCACCUGCCCGCUGUGCAGGGCACUGGUGAAGCCAGCAGACCUCCGGUCAUUCGGCGACGGUUCGACAAGCCUCUUUUUCCAGCUUUUCUAGGCCGCAAACAGCAAGCGAGGAACUUGGCUUGCGCUUGCUUUUACGCUGUGCAGAUAAGAAAGCAGGUGUUAUAGGUGUGAGUGCGUGCGUUGUGUUUGUUCGUGUUUCGCGAGCAGAGCGGCCCGGUGAGGUGCUGAAAUGGGUGCAUUUGUUGCCGAGUGUGCAUAUUAUCCGGUGUAUAGGCUGUAAGAGAUUUUACCUGACCCUACUACAUUUACAUAAAUAGAAAUGAGUACAUAUAUA